AUGUAUUUUUUUACGCCAAGAAGCCAGAAAUAUGAAAAUGGACAAUGUCCUGAUCGAGUGGUUGAAAACCAUGGUUUUUGGAAAGCUACUGGAAAAGAAAAUGCAGUGAUGGAUAAUUAUAUUGAAAUUGGAUUCAAAAGAACAUUAGUGUUUUACAAUGGUAAACAAGGAAAGGCUAAAGAGUUGGAUGAUUAUCAGACAUUGCUUGUACGAUUUCUGAACAUUAAUCCUCAGUAUACUUUGAGACCGGGUGAGCCGCUUCAUUCAGAUGUGAACUUUAUAUUUGGAGUGAAGUCAUUGGCGGAAAGGGGUCUAACAGAACUCUAUAUCAAACAACAAGAAACCGUAAGACAAUUGGCGGUAAAUGAGACGAGACGCGAGGCGGCGGAACAUGAGGCGGCUUUGAAGACCCAAAUGGAGGCAAUGCAGAGCAAGUAUCAGCGGCAAAUGAAGGUCAUGGUGAAGAGGCAAUAUGAUAUGAAGGCGCAAAUGCGGCAAUUUAUGCAAUCGUUUGGUGGAAACCAAAACGUGGGUAGUUAUGCGCCGACGGAUCAAGAGAACGAAAAUGAUGAUAACUUUCUCGACCCUGACUGA